AUGUCUGUGGAUUCGGAUGUCCUCAUCAUUGGAGCUGGAUUCUCAGGUAUUGGGUUCGCUGUUCAACUGCAGAACCAGUAUCCGAAAGCAACAUAUGAGAUUCUAGAGAAAGCAGAGAAUAUUGGUGGAACGUGGUGGGUAGCGUCGCACUUUUACUCAUUCUCAUUUGAGUUAAAUCCAAACUGGAGCUGCAAGUUCGCACCACAGCGCGAGAUAGUAGAAUAUCUCCAAUCGGUCGCAAAGAAAUAUGAUAUUCCGAGCCAUGUGCGCUUCUCAUCCAUUGUUCAGCGUGCGGUGUUUGAUGAAAGUACUGGGACCUGGGUCGUCACUGUGCUUGAUGGUCUGACAGGAUCGGUAUAUGAGAAACGAGCCAGGAUACUUAUUUCAGCUGUCGGUGCUCUGUCAGUGCCACGGGACUGUGAGAUCAAAGGUGCAGAGCGGUAUCAGGGGAUGCUGUUUCACUCUGCGCGAUGGGAUCAUUCAUUUGACUGGGCUGGGAAGGAUGUAGUCGUUGUCGGAAAUGGAUGCAGCGCUACUCAAUUCGUCCCUGUCAUCAGCGAAGGACCCAACAGCGUCAAGAGCCUAGUUCAAUUUAGUCGCCAACCUCACUGGCUUGCUGAACGCCCAAACCCAACGUAUACACGAACAUUCCAAUGGAUGAUGCGCUACAUGCCUUUUGCGAUGCGACUGUAUCGAUUCUACCUGUAUGCCAAUAUGGAGAAGGACUUCCUCGGCUUUUAUCAAGAAACAGGAGGACAGAUUCGCGAAGACCUGAAACGCACAAGGAUCGAGUACUUGAAACGAACUGCACCGGAGAAGUAUCACGAUGCUUUAAUCCCGUGCACCGAGAUAGGGUGUAAGCGGAAGGUCGAGGAUACGGGGUAUCUGGCUUGUUUACAUCGAGAGAAUGUGGAAUUGGUGCACUCGGAUGGUAUCCAGGAGAUUACUGAGAAUGGAGUUCGUACUCUCUCUGGACGAGAAGUUCAUGCGGAUGCUAUCAUUCUUGCUACAGGGUUCCAGACACAGCAGCUUCUGUAUCCUAUGGAGAUAAUCGGUGAGAAGGGAGUUACACUAAACGAGCAUAACUUUUCAUUGGGGUCGCCUCAGGCUUACUAUGGGACUUGUAUCUCUGAGUUCCCGAAUUUCUUCAUUCUUAUGGGUCCUAAUACCACGACUGGUCAUCUAUCUGUGAUUUACUCAACAGAAUGCGAGAUCAAUUUCUCGUUACGAGUUCUGCGACCGAUCCUGCGUUCACUAUACCCCUCCAAGAUAUGGUCCGCACUCACAUACCCCUUCUCUAGCCUCUUGCCUACAGCGCCAAACACUGUCGCGGUCACAUCAGCUGCUGAGCAGGCAGAUAAUCAUUGGAUCCAAAGUGCGGCCAGUAAAUUAGUCUGGGCGACCGGGUGCAGCAGUUGGUACGUUGAUUCCCGAACAGGACGAAACACGAUGCUCUAUCCAGAUUGGCAAUUCAAUUACUGGCUACGAAGCAUCUUUGUACCCCUAUCACGGGACUUUGUGUUCAAGGGCAGUGCAAUGCAAUUACCACAGGCUGAUAAGAGUGAGAAAUAA